UGUCCCGGCCACUUGGGUUCUGGGUUAUACAUUUGACCCUCACGCAAAGCUGUUGGAAAGUGAAAGUGAUUCCGGGGGCCCAGUUCUAGAUAUGGCCUUGUCAAAUGUGUGCAUUCGACCGGUGACUGAGAAGGAAGUCCACGAUGCCUGGCUGAUUGAAAGCCUCUCUUUUUCCAGUGAAGAGGGGGCAUCUGAAGAGACAUGCAAAUUCCGUCAAAGGGUUGCCCCCGAACUCUUCUGGGGCUACUUCGAAAAUGAUCGCCUGAUUGCCAUUACACAUGGAACCAAGACAUCACUGAGCAAGCUGACACGCGAAUCCAUGUUCACCCACGAUCCUGAGGGCACAGUGGUCGGUGUGCAUUCACUCUGCACUCACCCAGAGCACAGGAAGAAAGGUGUUGCCAAGGCUCUCAUGCAGCAGUUCAUCCAAUACGUCAGAGACGAUCUUGUCAAUAUCACCAAAAUCUGUCUUGUGAGCCACGAUUUCUUGGUGCCAUUCUAUGAAGGACUGGGCUACAAGUGCGAGGGACUAUCACAAGUCACAUUCGGCCCAGACCCAUGGUAUGACAUGGUUCACAACUUGCCGACUGACAGUCGGCCUUGGAUUUCUCGUUGGACACAAGCAGCCAACCAGCAUUCGUCACCGGCAACAGAUGGCUUGAAGCUCGUCCCGUUGACACGUCAUGCACAAUUGCCAAAUAUCAUGUUAUCACCAGCAACAGCUCACCUGCCGCGGGUAUUGUGUCAACAUGUGAAAAUAAACACGCCCACAACCGUCUGCGUUUCCAGAUGUCGCCACAACGAGUGGGUCGCCUCCGCAAUCAGGCUUCGGCACAACAGCAUGGAAUGAUGAACGGGAGGAUCAGUUACGUAGCGCAUGUCAGCGAUGAAGGUCUCAAAUAUCGACAUCAGUCGGCUCAUGGCGGCUGAGACUUCAUUACAUUUAUUUCGUUGUCCGGGAUGUAUAUACAAAUCACGGCCAAGAAUAAUUACAAGCUGCACUGAGGACCACCAACAAUAACACCAAAUACACAAUAUCCACUUAGCUCCCACUGGAAUGCCUAAAAGAAAGAAGUUUCUGCCGAGAGGCUCUACAAACUUAUUGGAUUUAUUGAUAUAUAUCUUCAGGUACAAAGCAAAUUUACAUGAUAAACAAUUUCUUCCAAUAAAAUAAAAUGCGUUUUUAACACAGCAUGUAAGUAACAGAACAUAGAGUUGGAAAAUAAAAAAUUGAACUGAAUCAAAUUAAACUAAACUAACCAAUUUAGAUAAUAACAUUAAUAUGAACAGUACAUUGAUUACUGGUAAAAAAUGAUAAAAAUCAUUUUCAAGGUAUUUGACGUAGGAUUAUAAUUAAUCUUGAGAAAGAUGGAGCUUUAUCUGUAUGAAAGUUUGAUAAUUGGCUUCUGGUGGGCAGGAAGAGGGGAGGAAUGUUACAUGUCUGUUGGAAGGAGUGUUCUAGAGGGCACAGGAAAUGGGGUGAAGGCUGAAGAGAUACCUCGUAAAGAGUUGAAGGGUUUCAGAGAAGGUUCGAGACAAAGGCCCCGAAUAUCACCAUGCAGGGAGUGAGUUAAAACAUCUUGGAAAGAGGGUGAAGAUAGAACAGAGAAUAUUUGGAACUGUUGGUCCGGCUGUAUAUUGAUGCUUUAAUAACAAAAUGUCGGUUUUCCUGGUGUUAACCUGCCGGGAAAAACUCGGAAGAAAGAGAAGCCUAUUUGUGGAGGGAUUUGCCGACUAAUGAGAUGAUGAGGUAGAGUAGGCGGUUGUACAGAGGAGGCAAGUCAAGUUUAGCAAGACGUUGUUGAUAAGUGUAGCAGCAUUGUGAGGAAAGCACGAUUUAGUGAAGCGGCGUUGGAUUGUUUCAAGACAUUGAAUGUGGUUCUUCUGGUGUAUGGGGUAGCCAAACUGGUGAGCCGUAUUCCAAGAUUGGUCUGCAGGGAGAACAGUAUAAUUUGAGUAAAACGCCGGCAUUUCUGGAUUUUACAGUACGUCUUAUGAAGCCAGCAGGCCUGGAGCACCUUCUGCGAAUGGUCUCUACAUGUUUUGUCCAGGUGAGGUCAAUUGAAAUAGUAACACCAAGACAUUUGUAGGAGGUGACGACUUCCAGUGGCUUAGAAUCUGCCAAAAAAGUAGUCAGAAUUUUGGAACCAAGAACUGGGCGUUAUUAUUGGUACUUGGUAUUAAAUACUCCUCUUGGGGGAGCACAUUCUAUCGA